UUUUCAGACAUCAGCCCCGGGCUUCCUAUCGGGGCUUCCUCCCCAUCCUGUAACACCAAGGCACCACAACUCUUACCCCACAGAUGCCACCAUUGCUGCUGCUGCUGCUGCUGUGUGCAGGGUCCCAGUCUCAGGAUCCCAGAUUUCACCUGCAAGUGCAGACACCCAUAAUGGUGCAGGAGGGUCUAUGUGCAUUCGUGCCCUGCAGUUUCUCUUACCCCCCAGUCCAAUACACUGAGGAGGACCCAACUCACGGCUACUGGUUCCGGGAAGGGACCAAUACAGUACAGGGUGCUCCAGUGGCCACAAACAACCCCAAUCGUGAAGUGCAGCAGGAGACCCAAGGCCGUUUCCACCUCCCUGAAGACCUCAGGGACUACAACUGCUCCCUGGACAUCAGAGACGCACGGAGAAGGGACUCGGGGACAUACUUCUUUAGGGUGGAGAGAGGGUCUUAUGUGAAAUACAAUUAUAUAGGGAAGAGAUAUCAUUUCAAGAACUACCGGCUCUUCCUGCAUGUGACAACUCUCACACGGACACCUGACAUCCACAUCCAGGGGCCCCUAGAAUCUGGCCAGCCCAUGAACAUUACCUGUAGUGUGCCUUGGGCCUGUAAGAGGGGGACACCCCCGAUCUUCUCUUGGAUCGGGGAUGCCCUCACCUCCCUGGGCCAUGGGGCACACUUCUCCUCGGUGCUCACCCUCACCCCGGGGCCCCAGGACCAUGGCACCAACCUCACCUGCCAAGUGACCUUCCCUGGAGCUAACGUUAGCACAGAGAGGACCAUCCAGCUCAACGUGUCCUAUGCGCCCCAGAACCUGACCAUCAGUGUUUUCCCAAGAGAAGGCACAGCACCUGAGGCUCUGGGCAACGGUUCAUCUCUCCCAGUCCAGGAGGGCCAGUCCCUACACCUGGUCUGUGACCACAACAGUAACCCUCCUGCCAACUUGAGCUGGACCCGGGGCAGCCUGACCCUGAAGCCCUCACAACCCUCAAAUCCCGGGGUCCUGCAACUGCCCCGGGUGGAACUGGGGGACCAUGGGAUAUACGUCUGCCGAGCUCAGCACCUGCUGGGCUCCUUGGAAGCAUCCCUGAGCCUCCUUGUGAAGAAACCCCCGAAGCUGUUUGGUCCCUCCUGCUCCUGGGAGGGUGAGGGGUUGCACUGCACCUGCUCUGCUCAAUCCCAGCUGCCCCCCACUCUGCACUGGCGGCUGGGGGAGGGGCUGCUGGAAGGGAACCACAGCAAUGCCUCCUUGACGGUCACCUCCAGCUCCGAGGGGCCCUGGGCAAACAGCAACCUGAGCUUCAUGGAGCCGCUGGGCUCCAGCCUCAGACUCAGCUGCGAGGCCAGGAAUGUGCAUGGGGAACAGAGCGCCACCAUCCUGCUGUUGCCAGGGAGACCAGGGCCCAGGACAGGUGUGCUUCAGGGGGCGAUCGGGGGAGCUGGUGUCACGGCCCUGCUUGCUCUGUGUCUCUGCCUCAUCAUCUUCUUUGCAGUGAAGACCUACAGGCAGAAAUCAACCAGGAAAGCAGUGCACAGGAAUGACGUCCAUCCCACAUUGAAUACAGUCUCCCAGGAUCACAGCCAGUCAGACAGCCGGUCAGACCCCCUUUCCCCAGCCGCAGUUGCCUUCCCCUCAGAGAAAGAGGGGAAGCUCCACUACGCUUCCCUCACAUUCCAUGGGCUGAGGCCACACAACUUUCAGGACCGGGAGACCACCGAGUAUGCAGAGAUCAAGACCCAGAAAUGAUGACCCCACCCACGGCCCCCCUCAGGAGCCCAGACAGGGCAUCUCUGAGGAAAUGCGUGUCAGGCAUUGAUGUUUUUUAUUUUUAUUUUAAAAUUUUUUUAAUGUUUAUUUAUUUAUUGAGAGACAGAGAGAGAGAGAGAGAGAGAGAGCACAGAUGAGCGGGGGAAGGGAAUAGAGAGAGGGAGACACAGAAUCCGAAUCAGGUUCCAGGGUCUGAGCUGUCAGCACAGAGCCCGACGCAGGGCUCAAACCCAUGAACCACAAGAUCAUGACCAGAGCCAAAGUCAGAUGCUCAACCAAUUGAGCCACCCAGGUGCCCCUAAAUUUUUUUAAUGUUUAAUAAUUUUGAAGGAGAGAGAGAGACAGAGCGUGAGCAGUGGAGGGGCAGAGAGAGAGGGAGACACAGAAUCCAAAGCAGGGUCCAGGUUCUGAGCUGUCAGCACAGAGCCCGACAUGGGGCUUGAACCCACAAACGGUGAGAUCAUGAUCUGAGCUGAAGUUAGAUUUUAACUGACAGAGCCACCCAGGCGCCUUGUAAAUCUCUUUCUGCAUGUAACUAAGAGGAGAAGAUAUUUCCCAAUACAUGUAUCUAACAAAGGAUCCAUCCACAGUAUAAAAAGAAUAUAUAGGGAUCUUCCAAAAGUCAGUAAGAAAAAAAGCAGACAACUCAAUAAAAAGGAAAGAAAGUCAAAGGGCCAAUUAGCAGAUAGAAAGGUGUUUAACUUCACUAGCUGCCAAGGAAAGGCAAAUAAAGCCCCCAAUGCUGUGCCACAACACAACGACCACAUUGGCUAAAAUAAUAACAAUAUCAAGAAUAUCAAGUGUUGGAGACAUUACACUAAGGGAAAUAAACCACCAUCAAAAGACAAAUACUGCAUGCUUCCAGUUAUACAAAGUAUCUAAAGUAAUCAAAUUCUUAGAAAUUUGGGGAACCCCCAGGGAGGGAGAAAUAGGAAGCUGCUAUGUAAUAGGUAGAGUUUUAGUUCUGCAAGAUGAAGAUUUUCUAGAGAUCAAUGAUGUUCAUGCAGCUAGCAGGGGCGCCCGGGUGGCUCAGACCGUUAAGUGUCUGACUUUAGAUUUCAGCUCAGGUCAUGACCUUGCAGAUGUGGGAUGGGGCCCCAGUUCCUAGCUGAGCAUGGAGCCUGCUUAACAUUCUCUCCCUCUCUCCCUCUCUCCGUCUCUCUCUCUCUCUCUGCCCCUCCCCCUCUUGUAUGUGGGUGCUUUCUCUCUCUCUCUCUCUCUCUCUCUCUCUCUCUCUAAAAAAAUGUUGAAGAUGGUAGACAUUUGUGUUGUUCUGUUUUGGUUUGGUUUUUUACCACAAUACAAAUAAGUGAUGUACAUAGUGGUUACCAAAGAGCUGAGAGGUUGGGAGAGCGGGUGGACAGUUAGUAUU